AUGGGGGGCCGUCACGGGGUGCUCGUCUCGGGUUGCUCUCUCCAGGCAUUGAAGCACGGCGCAGCAGCCAACAAUACCCGAGGACGAAGUCUGAAAAUAGAACUCAUGCAGCAACGGCAUCCCUUCCACGGCUGUCGCAUGCGAAUCACCGCGGGGGGGGGAGGGGGACAAGAAGAUGCUACUAUGACACCAGCGGGUUCGGCUGUACGCAUUCCCCUCUCUUGUUUCCGAAGCGUAGAUACCCGCUGGCGCAGCGCCGAUUCCAUCCUUGCUGGAAAACACCUCUCCACCUCCGGCCAGGGUCGGCGCUCCUCGCGCUCCUCCACCAUGUUCAGGAGCCUCGGGCAUGCAACUCGCCAAAGCACCUUCAAACAGCUAAGAAAGGAACUGCAGACGCUCGUCGAGCUGCAGCGACAGGAAAUGGGAGCGAAGGGCUGUGGAGGGACCUUCCAUAGACGAUACAGAGGCAACGUGAAGCCGCUUUGCAGCCGGUUCUUCUGGCUGCUGUGGCCCUCGUUUGCGUCUCCUGGCCUGUGCAUCGCUGAGGAAGUCGUCGCUCGUGCUGUAGGAGCAAGGCACAUCAACUUCAGUGCUGCAACGGGCGGGGUGAAUCUGCCGAUGAUCCAGAACGUGAGUGUCAUCGUCCGUUUGAGAAUUUCUAUUCCAGCUGUCAAGCCUCUCUCUGGAUCCUUGGUGAUGGUUGGGGGUGUCGCAGGACAUAGACAGGGGAGGUUCCGGAUAUGGAUAAAUGGCCUUUGGGCUUGCGAGAUCAUCACCUUGCUGGACAGGCCGGCGAAGGUCACUAGUGCCCCAGGAUGCGUCGUCGGCAAGGAUCACUGGGUCAAUGGGGAUGUUGUUCUGGAGAUCCGGGAGCCCGAAGAAAUCUUCCAAGCUACCAUCUGA